CCACUACGCCGGACUACAGACAAAUAUAUACCAUUCUAACAGUAUCCACCAAUUCAAUUACUAUCAUACCAUUUGACUUACCUCCUUACCUUGGAACUAAGAACAAAAGAAUAAAGAUGACAGAUCCCUUGAAGACUUUAGACGCAGGCCGUUCCGAACCCUCGCCCAUUUCCCAGAAGACAUAUCCAAUUGCGGGAAUCCUCACAACAGUGUUUGGUUUAGACGAGCUCCCAUCACAAGCUUCGGAGGUGGCUUGUCUCUGGCUUUUGCAUCCGAGAUUGGCAACCCAGGAGCGCAUGGCAGGAAUUGCGAGAUCAGCCAUUACGGACUGGAACAAUAGAAAUCGCGAUGGUUCUAGCCAGCAUGUCAAAGGAUUGAUCGCCGUGGCUUUUGAUCAAAGGAAUCAUGGGACAAGGCUGGUCGAUGCCCUUGCCAAUGAGGCAUGGAAACAGGGGAACCCCCGACAUGCGCAGGAUAUGUUUUCCGUGUUUCAGGGCACGGCACGAGAUGUCUCCUUAUUGAUGGACUACCUUCCAUCAUUCUUAUUCCCUAAAUCGGACUACAGUAUUUCGGAACACCUCGUGCUGGGUGUUUCUUUGGGUGGACAUGCAGCAUGGAGUUGCCUCCUCCAUGAGCCCCGGGUGAGCGCUGGAGUUGUCAUCAUCGGAUGUCCCGACUAUGUAAACUUAAUGGCAGACCGAGGGCGGCUUUCAAAACUGCCGUCAUGGACAGACAGCAACCCACCAGGGUCUCAGUUCCUUGGAUCUGAAGCAUUCCCCUCUUCUCUCCUGGACACGAUUUCGAAAUAUGACCCCGCAAGUCUGUUUCUCAGCCUCACUGACAGCAAGUCGCAAACUGGGCCCCUACGAGAAGGACCCUUGCCCGAGCCGACAGAAUCAGAAAAACAGGCCUUGCGGCCACUCUUGAAACGGUGUUUGGCAAGCAAAAGAAUUCUCAACCUUUCUGGUGGCUUGGACAAGUUGGUUCCAUACCACCGAGGAGAGGUAUUUUUAACAUGGUUGAAGAAGGCCAUUGCUCCCGAUGGUUGGUUCGCCGAUGGCGCGGUCACUUUCGAAGAUGUCAUCGACGAGAACGCAGCACAUGAGGUAACCCCUAAGAUGGUGGAGGAGGCAGUCCGAUUCAUCAGUGAGACGUUAGCAGCUAGCAAGGAUGGCUCGAGGUCCGGCUCAGUACGCAAUUCAAAGAUGUAGGCUGUUUGACUACAAGUUGAACAGGAUGCCGACUAGUGUGUCAAUUGAGUAUUACAGCCCACUGUCCAUAGAAAUGUAACCAUCAUUAUACCACCGAACCGUAUCUAUGUCAUAUAACAUCUUAGGAUGGCUUCGGACUUCUGUAAGAAGCUGGUGUUUUUCUGAACAGGUAAAUUCAAAGCCAAAGGAUUAAGAAUUGAAGUCUGCGCCACAC